GUUGGUCGCUCUUGCUGAGGUAUGUUGCAGCUGCCCGGCUGCACGUCCUCCAGGUCUGUCUCCCUGUGCCCCAGCAGUCUGCCAGAGGAAUAACCCCAAGCACCCCAGCUCUGGCGAUGUCUCGGGUUCUUUGGCGGACCUCGGCAUGUGGCAGCUCGUUCUUUGAGCCGGUCGGCUUGCCCAAUACUUCUCUCUAAACCGCACCACCCCCGAUAAGACUACCUAUUGCCAUUUCGAUACCAUACUUGAGAACUACAACCUCCGCGUGAAGACCAGCCCACACAUCCAUCUUACGCCUGCUUCCCCAUCUAAAAAAAAGACCUCCAUAAUCCAGCAAAACACCAUCUAAUCCACCACAUACCAAUCUUCAUCGCGCAUCGCCCAUCCAUUUCAUCCAGUGAUUUCUAAUACCCCCAUCAGAACCAGAACACCGCCCAACAUGGUCGCCGACGCCCUCAUCUACCACCCGUCCGUAUCGCACUACAACAAGUUCGUAGCCACCACCGUCGGCCGCGACAAGAUCCUCCGCACCCUCCAGUACUUUGCCCGCUUCUACGCCUGGUACCUCUUCCGCACCAAUGGCUCCAAGGCCGAAAUUGCCCCCUGGGACGCCAUCAAGAAGCAGUUCGGCCUGACCCGCAAGAUCAUGCGCAUCGGCAAAAACGUCGAGCACUUCAAGGCCGCCGCCGUCGCAUCCGACGCGAAAACAAUGGACCCCGUCCUCCGCUACGCCGCCGUCGGCCGCCAGCUGGGCUACGCCGGCUACCUCACCUUCGACGCCGCCACCGUCCUCGACGCCGCCGGCAUCAAGAAGUGGGAGGGUGCAAAGAGGCUGCAAAAGGAGGCCUACCGCUUCUGGGCCAUCGGCAUCAUCUUCAGCGUCGUCGCCCAGACCUACACCCUCUACCGUCUCCAGCAGCGCGAGGCCAAGGUCGACAAGAAGGAGGGCGAGGGUGUCGUCGAGGCUAAGAGAAUAGCAAUUGAGCGCGCCGCGGGCCGCCUGCAACUUAUCUCCGACCUCUGCGACUUGACCGUCCCCACCUCUGCCCUCGCAUGGGCCAACUUCGAUGACGGUCUUGUCGGCCUCGCUGGUACCGUAAGCAGUUUGAUUGGCGUGUAUACCCAGUGGAAGAAGACGGCAUAAUCGCGUUGUCGCAUCGAAGGAAGGGCCGUGCGUUGUAUAUGUAUGCUUGUGAUAAUUGUGCUGUAUGUCGGAUAACGAGAUGCGUCGUCGGAGCGACUGGUAUUUGUACCUGUCUACUGCGUUGAAGAGUGAGAGGAGGGAGAUGAUUGAGCUUAUUUGAGGCAGUGCUUUUGAAAUCUUUUGGGCGUUCGGAAUGUUCCUAGCCUGGGCUGUAGGCAUGGUGCCAUGAUGGGCGGGACAAGGUAGGCAGACUGCUAGGUACUCCCCGCUGUCGAUGCGGACAUGACAGUCGGCUUGGAUACCAAGUAAACCUCUUUCAUCAUCAUCGAAUAUUCAAGGUAUCUACGAAUGGAUAACAUGUAUUGCACUUUGUGAUGGCAAGUGUCUGGACCACCCUCAGCCGCCAUAGUGGAUCCGGUAGAAACCCUGAGCGUCCGGCUUCAAUAGAGAUGCCAUUGUUAAUCAAUCUGAAAGCCAGUCUCGAAAGACCAAGAUU